CGAACACCCAUUGUGACACCCAACAGAAACAUCCCACCUUCGAAUCUCUACAAAACACCAAACCCACCAUGUCAGACCAAAUCCCCCAUGUAUCCAACUGGAUCAACGGGGCCUACACAACCACAACCACAACCGCCCAAGUGAUCACAGUCCUAAACCCAGCGACCGAAACACCCAUCGCGACAAUCGACUCCACGCCCCAAGAAACAGUCACCACGAUCGUCGCAGACUCCGUCCAAACCUUCCACACAGGCCCAUGGACCAAAACCGAGCCCUCAGACCGCUUCACCGUCCUCGCCACCGCCGCGAGACUCCUUCGCACGCGACUGCCCGAAUUCAUCGAGCUCGAAACCUGCCAAACAGGCCGCCCCAUUCGCGAGAUGCAAACCCAAUUAUCCCGCGUCCCAGAAUGGCUCGAGUACUUCGCCUCGCUGGCCCGCGUCCACGAAGGCAGAGUAACCCCCUUCAAGGGCCCCGUCGUGAACACCCUCACCCGACUCCCGCUGGGCGUCGUCGCGCAAAUCACGCCGUACAAUCAUCCACUACUGAUCGCGACUAAGAAAAUCGCCGCGGCACUCGCAGCCGGGAACGUCGUCAUCGUGAAGCCGAGCGAGCUCGCCCCCUUAUCAGUCCUGAAACUGGGUCCCCUGUUUCAAGAGGCAGGGCUACCGAACGGCGUCCUCCAGAUUAUCUGCGGACAUGGGUUCGAGACGGGGAAGUUCCUCUGCGAGUCGCCGCUUCUGGCUAAGAUCGAUCUCACUGGGGGACUGGGAACAUAUCAAGCUGUUGCACCUGUUGCGGCGCGGAAUAUGGUCCCCGUUACGGCGGAGUUGGGAGGUAAGGCGCCUGUAUGUCUGUUUCCGAGCUUGGAGGUUGAGAGGGCUGUUCAGGCGGCGUUGUUUGCGGGGUUUAUUGCUAGUGGACAGACCUGUGUGACUGGGAGUCGGUUGUUGGUUCAUCGGGAGAUUUAUGGAGCGUUUCGAGAGUUAUUGGAGAAAAGGGUUAGGGGGUUCAGGGUUGGGGAUCCGAUGGAUGGGAGGACACAGAUUGGGACGGUGAUUUCCAGGGCUGCAGUGGAGAGAUGUACUGGCUUUGUAGAUCAAGCAGUGCAGGAGGGUGGGAAUGUGCUUUGUGGUGGGCGUCCUACGAUGGGGCCAGAUGGGAAGGGGUUCUUCUUUGAGCCAACUAUUAUUGAAGUCAGGUCUGAUUCGCAUCUCGCUUGUAACGAGGUGUUUGGGCCGGUUAUUGCGCUUAUUCGGUGUGAGUCUGAGGAGGAGAUCGUUUCUAUUGCGAAUAGUACCCCGUUUGCGCUUGGGGCUUCGGUUUGGACGAAUGAUUUUACUGAGGCGCAUCGCGUUGCGGAGAAAAUUGAUGCUGGCAUUGUUUGGAUUAAUGGUCAUCAUUUGAAUGAUCCCUCGUCGCCGUGGGGUGGAUUCAAGGAGAGUGGGAUAGGGAAGGAAAAUGGCCUGGAGGCGUAUGAGAGUUAUACUAAGGUCAAAAGCACACUUAUUAACUACGGGGUGGCCCCUGUAUGGUUCGAUGAUGAAGCUACUAAUGCACGAUAUGGAUGAGCGACACGUCUUAUUAGUUGACUAUAGACUGAAAAUUUACAUAUGGAAAACUUUUAUUAAACUCG